UGAAGGUAGCAUGCUAGUUUAAGUGGUUGUGUGCAAUGUGCGCUACAUGUAUUACAUCAUCGCCGGUGUGUGAUAACGACUGGGCCUACGUGACUCUUGUUUUUUUUCUUCCUAAAAAGCACUUUCUCGCUUAUCAAGGCAGCGAGGGAUAUUGCAUUUACACUUAUAUCAAAAUGGCAGCCAAGUACUUGGCCCAGAUAAUCGUCAUUGGAGGACAGGUCGUAGCAAGAGCAUUUACAAAAGCUCUUCGUCAGGAGAUACAAGCAAGUCAGCAGGCAGCAAAGAGAGCUGGAGGGGGUAAGCAGGGGGCCAAGACAGCAGCAGCAGAUAACCUGACAGGAAUAACUUUAGAAGAAGCCCAGAAGAUACUCAACGUCAAAGGUCUAGGAGACAAAGAGGCUAUCCUGAAGAACUAUGAACACCUUUUCAAUGUCAACGAGAAAUCGAAAGGCGGAUCACUCUAUAUUCAGUCCAAGGUUCUACGAGCCAAGGAGAGGAUAGACCACGAGUUGCAGGCUGCUGCAGAAGCCCAAAACAGGAAAACCAUCCCGUCCGACUCUGCUGGAUCAUCAUCACAAUCAUCACAUGAACAAAAGGCAGAUUCAUGAUAGUGGAUAGUCUGGAAAUCUUCUCAUUGAACAAUGAAAUGUAGACAAUGGAAAUAAUUUAUGGAAGGCAGUGGAAUCAUUAGACUCCAUCAGAGAUGAUACAUGUACGAAAGGAGAGAAAGAGAGAAGCCCAAAGCGGGUCGGUCUUUCAGAAGAUGCUUUACCAAACUGAUGGAUAAGAUUCUGAGGAUGUAACCACUGUAUCCAUGUCAUAUUGGACAAUACUUUCUCAAUUGACAAGUUUUGAUGCCACUUUUAUCCUUACAGAGUAUUUUGAAAGGGAUACUUGAAUAUCUCUCACUUCAUCUGUUUGGAGCCAGAAGGGCAUUAACUCUUUCAAUAUUUUAGUCACACCAACAACUUGACUGACAUCAGACCAACAUGGGAUCAAACAAUAUUUACAUUACACAUAUAUGACCAAGAAUCGAUUGGUUUGCAGUCAGACUGGAGUUGGUAUGGCGGUGUGACCGAGGUGUAAACCAUAAGUUCAAAACCCCUUUGGCUCCAAACCAGUGAUAUAAAGUUUCAUCUUCCAAAAUCUCAUGUGAAUUGCUUUUUAAUCAAGUUAAUUUACUUUAAACUAUUCUUCAAAGAGCCCAAGUCAUCUUAGGCCCCAGUUUUAUUGGGCCAAGUAUAACGUCAGUAUGAUGUGAUUUUCCUUGAUAGUGGUACAUGUCAAUAACUUUAUUAUAGGUAAAGUAAUUACUUAUUGGGCAUAUUCAUAGUAUUCUUGAAUUUGCAAUAUUAUGGCAUCAAGGGUGCAUAAAUCUAAUGAUACGGGAUAAGUGAAAGAAUUAAAGAACAGAGGCCAACUUGGUGUUCAUUUUUGUUUUGAAGUUUCAUAAUAAUGUCAUCAUCCAUUUCAAGCCUGAUGUAAUUUUACCAUGUACGCAAGUACUCUUGUCAAUGCAUGAAAAUGUUUGAAAAAUAAGUGUUGAAACCAUUCAUAGUCUUCAAUAAAAUGUAGACCUGCUUCCAAGUUUGGAUGCACAUUGGGAGAAACAGUGCAAAUUUAUUAUUAUUAUUUUACAUGGGAUACCCUCAUUACCCUGUUUUAAAACAGACAGUUAAAUAAAAUUGACAACUAUAAAGUACCAUGCAUGUACAGUACUACCUGUAGUGUAAUGGGCAUUAGAGGGCAGCAAACAGAAGUGUACUUGGCUCUAUAUGAGAACUUAUCAGCAGCUUUAGUACUCUUGAUGUUUCUGUCUCAAAGACAUAAAAACCUCUGGCCUUUUACUCUGUUAACCACUUACCAAUCUGAAGAACUUUACAUCAUGAAAUAAUAGAAAAGGAAAAAAGCAUUUGUUUUCACAUUUGAAGUAGUGAAAGGAAAGGUACGAUGUAUUGUUUGGAAAUCUGGUGUGAUCUAAAUAAAUUUAUACAUGUAUAUUACAAAAUCAA